AUGGAUUCAACCAUAGACCAUGACUAUUUUGAGUUUUCGUGGACGCUCAGAUCAUACCAGAAUACAUUCAAAUCUUUACCUCAUAACCAAAUGAUAUCUAGUCAACGCUUUUGGUCGCCACGCAGAGAUGCUAUUUACUCACCCGAAGGCGGUGACAAUCCCGGUUAUCUUUGGUGUGUUGAUUUGUAUCCGCAAGGUCAUAGUGACCACACAUCUCACAUGUCAGUCUAUUUGACAGCGUGGCAAACAAGAUACGAGAAAAGUCAUUCGAUAAAAUGUCGACUAGUAGGCUACGUAAUUGAACUAUACAAGAUAAACCCGUUUCCAAUAUCCAAUGAAGACAAAUUAAUAAAACUAUCGGGCCUCGACAUGCAGCGAGAUUAUUUCAAAAUGCGAAUGGGCACCGAUAAUUGGGGAUUACAUGAACUAUGCUCCAAUAAUGACAUAUUCGGAGGUGACUCCUGGAGUAAUGUAGAUUUAGUCAUCAAGGUCAAGAUAUAUAACAACCUGCAUGGGUAUAACGGAUGUUCUGCUCCAUUUCAUCUGGGUCAUUCUUUUGAAAAGUAUUACGAUCAAGACAAAUUUAGCGAUGUUGAGUUUGUAUUUGAUUGUGGGAACAGGGUGAGAGCUCAUCGAGUGAUAUUAGCCGCGUGCUCAGACUAUUUUAAGAGAUUACUUUGUUACGGGAAGGUGGAUAAAAAGGUGAUGGAGGAGGAGAGUAAUAACGACUUGGAUUGUAGUGCAGACGAGAGUAUAGACGAGAGCAUGGAAGAGAGUUUGGAUACGGCAAGCAGUCAAUCUAGUAAUCAAUCAACUAUUAAAGCGAUCGUCGAAACAAGUGUUCAGGCUGAUGUACAGUCUACUGCUGAGUCGAGCGCUUUAUCAAACAAUGAAUUUUCCAAUCCUUCCAUGACUCUUCCGACAGAUACGUCCGUAACUCCCUCGUCCGCUCUUUUAACUACAAUUCCAAUUCAAGACAUUCCAUACGAAGUAUUCAAACCAAUACUUUAUUACCUCUACACGGGCAAUGUACAACUCAAUCUUUCCUUUGACACUCUCUUUGAAACCUGGGAAUACUCCACUCGCCUCGAUCUCCCCCAUCUCUCAUCCAUAAUUAUCAGCCACUUUGCGUGUAAUGUCAAUUUUGAUAACUGGGAUCGGGUGUUAUUAUUAGGAUGGACUAUUAAUAAUAUACAGUUGAAGACGGCGGUGUUUCAGUUUGCCGUUGAUAAUUGGGAUUUGAUAGUCGAAUCAGACAACAUGAAAGCUAUCAUGCAGGCUGAUGAUAAGGAAAUUUUUGAGCAAUUGGUAAAUGUAAGGGAUAAUGGAGUCGAUGUCGAAAAGGAUGACAAAAGAAAGGGCGGGGAUGGUGUUGAUGGUGAGGAGGAUAUGAAGAAUACUUAA